ACGCUGUCCUGGGAGUAUUUCGGGCACCUCGGCAGCGUGGAGCAGGCGUGGGGUUACCGCGGGAGCUGCCCGUCUACUCCCCACAUGGCGUCCGCUGGGAUUUUGGUCUCUUAAGCUGUGUCUGUGCAGCCGGUGGUGACCCUGGGUGGUCAUGCAUGCGGCUGGGGGUAGCGGGCAUUGCCUGGGCAGCUUGUUGCAGGGGAGCCCCUGGCCCCGCAGAAGUAAUGCGGGCCUGGACUGGACUGGCACCAUGAGCCUGGAGCGGUGGCACUGGUGACGGGUGGCACAGGUGGUUGCACACAGAGAGCAGAAGCUGCAGGCUGCUGUGCUGUGCCUUCCUUGGGUGCUCUGAGAGCAUCUGCUCUGCUUGCGCCAGCCUGAGAAGAGAAACUCAUGAGAGUUCCCCGUUUGUUCUCACUCCAGCAAAUGCAAAUCCCUCUGCAUUGCUGCCAGCCUGACACUGUUCCCUUGUACUUUAACAGAGAUGAACUGGAGGUGCAUCCUUCAGUGGCCUUGCCAGGGUGUGGAGGCUUGGCUUACCCUCAACACCUUCUGAGAAGUGGCUGCUGACCCUUUGGCUGACCCUGAGCAGUGCCUCAGCUGAUCCCAUCCUUGACACAACUCGGCCUCUGAGUUCAAACAUCUCUGCUGCCGUUCCUGGUGUUUGAAGUACUCCUCCUCCUCCCCCCACCCCCCAUCCUUUCCCAUCUCGUUCUCCUUGCCACAGUACCUAGGAAGCCUGUAGAUGUGUCAUAAGUGUUAACAUCUGUGUUGAGGUUUGUCAUGUUUCCAUAACUUUCAGUUUCUUCUGAAAGGGUGCUCUCUCCCCCUGCACUGCCAUUCUCUCUUUCACUUUCAUUGCGAUUCUAUCUUUUCCUCCACAAAAGGCCUGAAAGAGUUUAUAGAUACAGAAUUUGCAGUUUUGCAGAUGCUUUGCCAAAUACAGCCUCUGUACCGUGCUACAAGACGUCACCAUCAUCCCCCUCAUCUUGACUCACUCCUCUGGCUGCGAGUCGUGCUGGGCAUUGUGUCUAAAUGUGUCUGUCUUGUUUGCGAGGCCCUCCACAGUGCCGAUAAUGCCCUCAUCUCUGAGCUGGCUUCUUCUGCUCUUCCAUUCUUGAAAUCCUUUGCUCUGUCAAAGCCAAAGGUUUCAGUUCUCUCUCCAGCUGCUCCGCUUGCGAUUAGCAGUGACAUCAAAAACUAGUAUGAACAUGCAGUGAUUUUAGAGAAAUGUUAACUUGUCAAUGGGACAGGAGGAACUGAGCAGUAGAGAGGAAAUGAGUGACACUCGGAGGCUUGCAGAGCACCGAUUCUGCUAGUCUUCAUGUGAAGCGUGGCUGUGUGAUGUCUCAGGGUUCUGCCUGCAUUUGAGGUGUCCCUACAAUGGGUGACUGUUCAGAUGGACUUUGUGACAGUGGUGAUGUGAGUUUGGGUGGGACAGCCUGAGUUGUGCUUACCUUAGCACUUUACUACCUUAAUUAAUAGUUUCCCUUUGACCUCCAGCAAAAGCGUUUUUCCAAUUAUAUUCUUGGGGUUUUGUCUGUGCCUUAUUAUUUUUGCCUGUCUGCAAAAAUGACAAGAGAAUCAACUGCGUGCCUUGGGGUGGGAGAAGACAGGACUCGGUAGCAGGGUAGGUAAGGUGUGUGCAGCCAUUCCAUACAGAAUUAGGGAAAUUUGUCUCCUAAGCUGGUGCUCUGGCCUUUGCUUGGGUCUGGCUUGCUUGGGUCCCCAGUGCCAGAGAUUAAAUAUCCGUCACAGUCUCCUUGCUCACAUGUUGUGGCAAGGUGUUCUGCUUUGCAUUAAAAAUUGAUGCUGUGCUCUAGUUUCCAGAUGACUUUCAUUUGCUUGCCAUCUGGCCCAGCACGAGCUUGUCUUCCUUCCUCCCUGAGCUACGCUUACCCCAUGCAGAUGCCACCAGCCUGCCCUCUUCCACAUCCUGCAACGGAGCAGGUGAGGGGACUGCGACAGCCAGGGCCCAGCUGGAGAGAAUUGGAGGUUUGAGUGACUUGUGUGGUAUGUGGCCAAGUUCCUGUGGCAAAUACCCCAAACUGUCACGUGUGGGGCGAGGCCAGAGCUUGCUUAAGCAGCCCUUGUCCUUGGUGGUCCUGGUUCUGGAGGACUUGAUGAUCCAAUCUAGAUUUAUUAAUUUUGCUGAUUUUUGGUCUACUAGGUCACAGACAAAGCAAAAGAAGCUAUUUCUUUCAAAGUUUUCAAUUUUCUUCCUCCUGGAAGCCAUAUAGAGUUAAGAGGUGGAGUGCAGAAGAGGAGACCUUGUGUUUCCCACUGUGUGAAGCUCAGUGGGGGUGCUCUCUGGGAUCUGCUGAGACAAGCAGCACGUCCUAACAAGAGGCUGCAGUGGUCAGCAUUUCCUUGGUGGGAGAAGGCUCGUCUCCUCCACACCAUUAGUGGGGUUUUUGCCCUGCUUUCUGCGUUGUCCGUUCUGUCAGGAUUCAUGGGGUCAGCUCUGCAGUUUGCCAGAGCUGCAGUCCAUGCAUUAGCAAUAUCUCCAGCCGGGGCCCAGGCGGCCUGGCUCAUCAGGGUAUUGUUUAUCCCACCCAGGAAUGUGCAGGCAAUCAAGGACCUCUGGGAGCUUAUAGAACAGCAUGUUCUGCUCUGAGCAGGGGAAGUGAGUGCGGGUGGUGGUGGCAGCUCUGAAAGCUGGCAUGAGCAGUCAGGGCGUGCUGGUGCGCAGGCAAUGUCCUACCCCUGAAGUGUGGAUGAAGACUGUGCAAGCUGUGCAGAUGCAGUGGGGUACUGAUCUGCUUUCAGACCCUGCACAAUGGAGGCUGGCUCCGUGGUGCGAGCAGUCUUUGAUUUCUGUCCCAGCGUCUCUGAAGAGCUGCCCCUCUUCGUGGGAGAUGUCAUCGAGGUACUAGCAGUGGUGGACGAGUUCUGGCUCCUUGGAAAGAAGGAAGGUGUCACAGGGCAGUUUCCUAGCAGCUUUGUGGAACCUGUGGAUAUUCCUCCUUUGAAGCAGGGAGAAAAACUCUUUGUUUGUACCAGUGACUUCACAUCUCAAGAGCCAGGGAGCUUGUCAUUGCAGAGAGGAGACCUGGUGAUCCUGGGGGGGUCCCUGGCCUCCAGCUGGCUCCAGGGCCGAAGCAGCUGGGGUUCCAAGGGCUUUUUCCCCUCAUCAUGUGUGCGAGAGCUGUGCCUUUCAGUUCGGAGCCGUCAGCUGUCCCAGAGUGCUCUCCUGGAGGUGCCUGCCUACUCACUGGGCCAAGCCCGGGCCCUGAUGGACCUGUCUGCUCAGCUGGAGGAGGAACUGGACUUCAGAGAAGGGGAUGUGAUCAACAUUGUUGGUGUCCCAGAGCCUGGCUGGUUCGAAGGUGAGCUCAGAGGCCGCAGGGGCAUCUUCCCAGAGGGUUUUGUGGAACUGCUUACUCCUCUGCGAGCAUCAGGAACCUCAGUGGAUCCAGAGCCCACAGGGGCUUGUGACACCAAUGGGAGAAUGGAAAUGCCCCCCAAGGAGGAGGAGGAGCCCGGAAGCACUUACGGUGUUGCCCUCUAUCAGUUCCAAGCUCUGGAGUCCAAGGAACUGGAUUUUGAUGUGGGUGACAGGAUUCGGAUCAUAGGCAUUCUGGAGGAUGGCUGGCUGGAGGGGGAGCUGAGGGGAAGACGCGGCAUCUUUCCACACAGAUUUGUGAGGCUGGAAGCCUCUGAGGCUUGCAGGGAAAAUGAAGGUUCUGAGGAUCCCCAAGGUGGAGGCAGCUGUGGAGUCACCAUCCAUCAAGACACAGAAGGCACCUGCUCUGAAGCCCUUCCUCUGCCAGAGGAAGAUGUGGGGGAAAAGGAGGGUGGCUCAGCAGCACAUCCUGAGCCUGACACCAUUUUGUCUCACACAGUGGGGAGCACAGAGGGUCAUCCUGGCACAGAUUUGAAACAGCAUCAGGCCUUUCCUGGCACAGGACACCAAGGGCUAUGUCCCAGAAGUACAGCAGACUCCCUCCCCGUUGACUGCAGAAAGACAGUCAAUGGCCUUCUCCCUUCUGCUCAGCUGCCUCCCCAACAGGGCAACGGGCCUGGCCAGGCAGGUGAGUUGGAGCCUGGGGGAACUGUUUCAGCCUCUCCAGGAAACUCAGAAAGUCAGGCCCUGUCUGAGCAUGAUGGAAACAGUCCCACUGUGCACCCACAGGCUCCCUGUUCCCCGCCAGAUCCUUGCAGGAGCCAGGCAGUUUCUUCUCCUAACAGCUGGGCAGCAUCUGAGACCCAGGAGAGCCAGAGCAGUACCCAGGACCUGGAUGGUUGGGAGGACAGUCAACAAGAGAAGUCCAAACCUUGUUCCUCCAGCCUGGGAGGUGCCCAGGUAGGCCUGGACACAUGGGCUGGGAGCUGGGGGGAAUGCUGCCCACUCUCAGUGCAGGGGGAUGGCUGCACAGACCUUGACUCCAAACUGACAGAGCAGCUGGCACAGUUUGAGAAGAGUCUGUCAAGUACUGGUGCUGAUCAGGACAAAGUCUCCCGCCACUUCUCUAUCUUGGACUAUAGCUCUGAGAAGGACAUUGUCCGUGGGUCUCCUGAGUGUGCUCCCCACGCCAGGCAGCCAGAGAGGAGGAAAGCACUGAGACCACCCCCUCCUCGGCCCAGCAGCCUUGCAACAACCCCUGUGCACACGCUGGGUGGCCAGGUGCCCAAAGGCAGGUCUCUGUCCUUCUCGGUCAAGCCCUCUCGGCCUGCACCCCGGCCUCCAUCAAGCACUCAGCGGAGAAAUGUGGCCCCGGCGCAGCUUCAGCCCAGCGCCCAGGAGCAGCGAGUGGAGGAGGGACGUGAGGACUUGACACAGGCAGGAUCAGCUUCCCCCCACUCCAUUCUGAUGAUGAGGAUUGGAGAGGUGGAGCGAGACCUGGAGGCUUACGGCAAGACCCGUGCUGAGCUAAGCCUGAUGCUGGAGGAGCAACAGGAUGAGCUGGUGAGAGCAGAGACACUGGAAAACCUUGAUUUCUGUGACUCCAAUAUCGAGAGCCUCAGCGUGGAGCUUCAAGAGCUGAGAGAGAUGACUCUCCUGUCCUCCCAGACACCAUCCCUGGAGACAUCCUCGGCUGCCACUGAGAGUCCAGAGCAAAGGAUGCUGGAGAAGAGGUCCAAGGUUGUUGAGGAACUGCUCCAGACAGAGCGGGACUAUAUCAGAGACCUGGAGAUGUGCGUGGAGAGGAUCAUGUUGCCCCUGCAGCAGGCACAGAUGCAGAACAUAGACUUUGAGGGUCUUUUUGGAAACAUCCACACGGUAAUUAGCUUCUCCAAGCAUCUGCUGUCCACCUUGGAGGCUUCGGAUGCCAUUGGGCCAGUGUUCUUGGCACAGCGUGCAGAGCUGGAGAGCGUCUACAGGGUGUAUUGCCAGAACCAUGAUGAGGCCAUCGCACUGCUGGAAACCUAUGAGAAGGAUGAGAAGAUGCAGAAACUACUUCUGGACCUGCUGGAUAGCCUCAGGAGCCUGUACAGUGAGUGGGGCUGCACAAACUACAUUAACCUGGGCUCCUUCCUCAUCAAGCCAGUGCAAAGGGUGAUGCGGUACCCACUGCUGCUGAUGGAGCUGCUGAGUGCCACGCCUGAGACUCACCCUGACAAGGCACCGCUCACAGCUGCUGUCCUCGCAGUCAAAGAAAUCAAUGUCAACAUCAAUGAAUACAAGCGCCGGAAGGACUUGGUGCUAAAGUACCGGAAAGGGGAUGAGGAUAGCCUCAUGGAGAAGAUCUCCAAGCUCAACUUCCAUUCUAUCAUCAAGAAAUCGAACCGUGUGAGCAGCCACCUCAAGCAUCUCACAGGCUUUGCACCCCAGCUGAAGGAUGAAGCCUUUGAAGAGACAGAGAAAAAUUUCCGGAUGCAGGAGCGGCUGAUCAAGUCCUUCAUCCGGGAUCUUUCCCUCUACCUGCAACACGUCCGGGAGUCGGCGUGCAUGAAGGCGCUGGCAGCAGUGAGCAUGUGGGACCUGUGCACGGAGAAGGGCAGUGGGGACUUGGACCAGUUCCAGAAAGUGAAUCGGCUCAUCAGCGACCAGCUCUUCUCCAACUUUAAAGAGCGGACAGAGCGGCUGGUGAGCUCGCCCCUGAACCAGCUGCUCAGCAUGUUUGCAGGGCCCCACAAGCUGGUGCAGAAACGCUUCGACAAGCUCCUCGACUUCCACAACUGCACAGAGCGAGCAGAGAAGCUGAAGGACAAGCGAACGCUGGAGGAGCUGCAGUCAGCCCGCAACAACUAUGAGGCCCUCAAUGCCCAGCUGCUGGACGAGCUGCCCAAGUUCCUGCGCUUCGCCAAGGAGCUGUUUGCCAGCUGUGUGCGGGGCUAUGCUGAGGCACACUGUGACUUUGUGCACCUGGCCCUGGAAGAGCUGAGACCCCUGUUGUCGUUGCUGAAGGUGUCCAGCAGGGAGGGGAACCUCAUUGCCAUCUUCCAGGAUGAGCACAGCCGAGUCCUCCAGCAGCUCCAGGCCUUCACCUUCUUCCCAGAGUCCCAGGCACCUCCUAAGAAGCCUUUUGAAAGGAAGACCGUGGAGCGGCAGUCUGCCCGGCGGCAGCCCCUUGUCGGCUUGGCCAGCUACCUCCUGCAGUCGGAUGACAUCCGAGCUGCCCUCCUGGCCCGCUAUCCCCCAGACAGUCUCUUCCAGGCAGACCGCAAUUUCAACGCUGCCCAAGACCUGGAUGUCUCACUGCUGGAAGGAGACAUCGUGGGUGUCAUCAAGAAGAAGGACCCCAUGGGCAGUCAGAAUCGCUGGCUUAUAGACAACGGGGUGACCAAGGGCUUUGUGUAUAGCUCCUUUCUGAAGUCCUACAACCCACGCCGCAGCCAGUCGGAUGUCUCUGUGGGCAGCCACUCUUCCAAUGAGUCAGAGCACAGCAGCUCCUCUCCCCAGAGCAACACCACGCUGACCUUCAGCCCCAGUGGGGCGGCCGUCACCUUCACUCAGAAACCCCUGCAGGACUCAGCCUCCCCAGCAGACCCAUACCAGUCCCCGCAGCCCCUCUCAGAGAUGGACUCCCCCUCUCUGCCCCAUCUUAGCUCUGGUGACAGGACGGUGCCACUGGAGGCUGUUCCUGGGACAUCUCAGCGCCACUACAGCCGCCCCGAGCUGGGCUGCAGCCCCAGCUCUCGCAACGGGCACCCCGCCAAAGUACAUCUCAGACCUGUGCCCUCAGUGGAGGACAGAGACUCUGGGCUGGAGAGCAGCGAGUCAGAGGGCAACCAGGUCUAUUACGCUCUCUACACCUUCAAAGGCCGAAACACCAAUGAGCUGAGUGUGUCAGCUAACCAGAGACUCAGGAUCCUGCAGUUUGAGGACAUCACGGGGAAUCGGGAGUGGUGGCUGGCCGAGGCGCACGGGAAGCAGGGCUAUGUGCCCUCCAGUUACAUUCGGAAGACAGAGUACACGUGAGGCAGCGGGCAGGAGCCUGCACCCUGUGCCUUGUGCCUGCUGGGACUGUCAGGGGCCUUGGGGAGGCUGGCCAGCCCUGCAGCCCCUAAUGCUCACCCUGAGGCUGUGUCCGUCACAGCCGUGCAGUGCUCUUGGACCCCACCAUGCUGGCUGCCACCUCUGCUUCUGGGGAGGAAGGGUGGACUGGCAGGACUGGCAGAAGCAGGCAGCUUGUGUGAGGGCAGGGGUGAGUUCACCUGUGCUGUUUGAGCCUCCUGCAUCCAGCCAGGAGCAGGGGAGCAAAGCUUGGGGCAGUGACCCAGGAGGGUAAGGCUCAACCAAGGCUGAGAUGCUGCUGUGGUUUUAAAUUGUGGAAGGCUAAUGCUGAGUUUCUGGAGUCCAUCUUUAGCCAAAUAGUUUUAAAAGCAACCCAGGCCCUGUGAAUGUGCUCCCUGUGCCUUCUCAGCAGCAGGAGCCCAGCCUGUCUGCACAGAGCCUCAGGGUGGGACACCUACACCCUGCCUGGGGAAGCAGCUCUGAGGUUCACUGAGAAUAGUUGAGCUCAAGGGCUGGGAUGGGUCCAGACUCUGAAAGCCCCCACAUCAGAGCCCCCAGUGGGUGCUUCAUCCCCAUGCUUAGUCUUCCGGGGGCUCGGGCUUCUCCAAGCUCUGCUGCUAGCAGCAACCAUCAGGUUCUCGUCUUCCAGGUGAGCCAAAGGUCCAGAAUGCCAUCUUCCCUUGUCAGUGCAGUACCUCCAGUGCCCAAAACCCAUCUUUGCACUGAGAUGCCCACCUGGCUGCUCUGGGCUGGGGCAGGGCAGAAGGCAAAGCACAGGCUGUCAUCAAGACUAAUUUUCUGGGGGCUUUGACCAGUAUUGCCUCACCUGUGCUUUCCUGCAGGGCACUGGAGACAGUGCUGGCAUUCUGGGAGGGCAAGGCCCUCCCCAGGAGGGAUGUGGUGCCCUUUGCCGGGGUGGUGUGUCUUACCCGCUGCUGCUGUGCCCUGAAGGAGGGAUGCUCCCUUCUCUUGAGGCGAUGUUUAUAUCCCCUGUACUGCUGCUCUGUAAAUAAAGAUUUGCCCUUGUGUA